AUGAGGUCUUCCUUUGGUGCUCCUUCAGCCUUUGGUGCUCCGUCGGCCUUUGGUGCUCCUGCUAGCAAGGCAAAACCAUCAGACUUUACUCAACCGGUCAAGUCAGCCUUUGGUGCUCAUUCAGCCGUUGGUGCUCCUUCAGCCUUUGGUGCUCCUGCUAGCGAACCAGAACUACCAGUCUUUACUCAACCGAUCAAGUCAGCCGUUGGUGCUCCUUCAGCCUUUGGUUCUCAUUCAGCCUUUGGUGCUCCUUCAGCAUUUGGUGCUCCUUCAGCCUUUGGUGUUACUCCAACAAAACCAUCCGCUUCUUCUCCUGAAUUUCAGGCAUCGACACUAUUAGCUUAG